AUGGAUUAUUCAUAUUACACUCCGAAUGCUCAGCCGUUCUUCCCUCUUCUUCCUCCUACUCCAACUCACACAAACGCAUCAACUACCGAUGAAUUCAGCAACUCUCCGCCUCAGGAUGUCUUCGAUCAAUUCCAACCCUAUGAUUAUGCCAAUCAUUACGACUCACGCAUUCCCAAAGUCACAACCCCGCUUUCACAGCACAAACCAUCGAUCUCCCAUCCCAUGUACACCGACAUGCCUACCGAUUCAAUCGACGAUGCGAUGCGACGAGAUAGCGAUGAGGAGGAGAAUUUGACACCGGCACAAUCCCGGCGCAAAGCCCAAAAUCGCCAAGCACAACGGGCCUUCCGCGAACGCAAAGAGCGACAUGUAAAAGAGUUAGAAGCCAAACUUGCAGAGUUCGAAAAAAGUACCGGAGAUCUGGCUCAAGAAAACGAGCGAUUGAAGCUACAGCUUACAAAAGCUGCGACCGAAAAUGAAAUAUUGAAAGCGACGUCCAGGCAUUCGAACCAUGGAGGUUCGCAACCUAUAUCGAAUGUAGGGCCCAUGAAAUAUACCCCUACGGACUUCUACAGUGAGGUUCUACAUGCGCACGACAAUAAAUUUCCCAGCCAUCGAAUUGUAACGAGUGAUAAAGGGGAAAGGUUGUUGGCGGCGGGUGCGACGUGGGACUAUAUCAUCAAACAUCCGCUGUACAAGCAAGGUCUGGUGGAUGUAGGAAUUGUUAGUGAAAGGCUGAAGAACGCUGCGAAGUGCGAUGGGCAAGGACCAGUUUUCGAGGAGAGCGCAAUACUGGAUGCAAUCGAGAACAGUGUCGCAAGUGGCAGUGAUGAAUUACUAUGA